AUGUCAUUAUCCACCAUAAUCAGGAAUGUGGCCAGCCAAGGGGUACCUCACUAUCGACUUUCGACUUUCGACCUCCCUCCCACUUUCAAUGAUAUCAAGCCAGAAACUGAAGAAGGCUUAAUGUCCAUCAACACAACUUUUGGGAACCUGAAUAAUUCGGAUCACAAAACCACGAUCUCCACCAUCGAAGCUGUCCAAGUUACUACUGCUUAUCACCCUCUCACCCAGAAUGAACAACUUAUUUGGCGGAGCCUAUAUAAGCUUACCUCAACAAAAGACUCUUCGAAACUUAGCCCAAUGAUGGUCCAAAUACUGAAUAUGCAUGACUCUCAGUUCCCGGAGAUUGACAUUGCAACGGAGGGUGCUAGUAAAAUUCCUUUAAAUAUUGAGGGUGAUAACAAUGGAGGAUAA